CUCGUCUCGUCGUGUAGCAAAGCCAAGCAAAGUCUUCUUUAUUUACGUUUUUUUUCUUGCUCCCUCGGCGUAUCAUCACCUUCUCCUUCUCUUCUUAUCUUUUAUCCCCUGAAUUAUUUCCCCACUCUACUAUCUGUCUGUCUGAAUUUUGUUGAGUUGCUGGUGUCUGUUCAGUAGACUCUGUUGCUUGUUUUAUCAAUUCUGUUUUUUCAUUCUGGCAAGCCAAACUUGAUUCAAAACAUCGAUUGUUAUUUUUUUUCCCUUCUCUAACUGCCCGAUCAUCAAUAUCACCAUUUAAACUGUGUUACGGAUUACCUGACUCUCUUUCUUUCUUUUCUUUCUUUUUUUUCUAUCUCUCUCUCUUUCUACUCACUACUAUAUGUUUAUUUUUGUUCGCUCAUCAUCUUUUUUUUGCCAUUCAGAGGUAAUCCUUUUCUAAUGUAUAUUUUCAACCUAUUGGAUGGUUCUGUCUUGUUUCGUUUACAGUUGUAAAGAUGUGAAUAUCAACAUAUUGCUCAGUAUCGUUUCACAUUGGACAAAAAAUCAACACAAAUUUGGAUCAUGAUGUUCUCUUUUAAUCUUUUUUCUUAAUCCUGUCCAAGUGAUACGUUCCAUUGAAGAAGGUCAACGGAAUGAGAGUUUUUGGCCCAUUAUUAUUGUUAUCAAUUUUAAUAUCUUUAACAUCAAUUUCAUCACUUUUAUCAUCAUCAGCAACAUUUUUACCACUAUCCAUGGUUCACAAAAAUGAAAUUAGGUUAGUGGCUGAACAAUAGUAACCGUCAACACGAUCAACUUUAAGGAGCCUGCUACAAAUAUAACACCCAACUCACCGACAAAAGUAAACCAUCAUCAUCAUCCCUCCAUCACCAUCACCACCACCAUCAUCAUCAUCAUCAUCAACCUCACCAACUACCUCACCUUGAUGAUCUUAUGGAUCCCGAAUUAUCGCGCCCAAAUCAAUUAUCUCCAAAUUCUUUAACCAAUCUUCGAUUGAAAAAAGUUCUUAAAAGCUACCAACAAUGUGCUCCUGACAGCUUAAGUGGGCCCAAUUAUUACAAUCCAACAUGGAUUAAUGGGGACCACGGGCUAAAAUUUUCUGGGGAUAAAUACACUAGUAACAAUAUUGUUGCUACACCAUAUUCGACGUCCUCAAGUCAUAACAUUAAAGCAAAUAGUAAUAAUACAAAUAAUAAUAAUAUUAGCAAAAGUAAUAAUAAUUACCUUGCUAAUAUAAAUACUAAUAGUAAUAGUAGUAAUAAUAAUGCUAAUACUAAUAAACAUAAUAACAAUAAUAGUUCAAAUAACAAAAAUCACAAUACCUCACCGGAAUCACAAGUGUCAUCGGUCAACUCUCAACAUUUAUCGUGUUCAUCAUCUUUAGGAUCAACAAAUGGGUUAAGUCACUCUAAUGGCCCCAGUUUAAUUAGCAGUGGGGAAGGUGGUGGUGGAAGAAAUAGCAACAGUAGUAAUAAUAUCAAUAUUAGUACUGGUGGGAGAGAAAAAGCAAGCAGAGGAUCUGGUGAAUCACCAACACCAGUCACGAAAUCAUCAAAUUUACCAGUAUCAUCGUCAUCCUCAUGCUCACUGUCAUCCACAUCUUCAUUACCAGCCUCAACAACCGGAUCCAAUCAGAUUGCACCAAAUUUAAGGAUACCACCACCUAUUAUAAUACCAGCCGAUCCGAAUAGCUGCCAAAGAUCAGAGACCAUUUUAGAGAAUGAAGUAAUAUCAUGUUUUAUCGUUGGCGGAGAGAAACGAUUAUGUCUACCUCAAAUAUUGAAUACUGUUUUAACCGAUUUCAGUCUUCAACAAAUUAACUCAGUCUGUGAUGAGUUACACAUAUUUUGCUCCAGAUGCACCCCUGAGCAGUUAGAAGUCCUCAAAGUAACCGGCAUAUUGCCUGCAUCUGCUCCCAGUUGUGGUCUUAUCACCAAAACGGACGCGGAAAGAUUGUGUGCAGCUUUACUAUUUUACGCCAAUCGCACUAAAAUGAUAUUAGGCUCUACAUUUUCUGGUUCUGGUGUUGAAUUUGAUGAUUUAGAUUUAAAAUGUGAUGGUUUAUCCAUUGACAUUGAGAAACUUGGAGCAGGUAUUCCUAUUUGCCAUGAAUGUUUUGGCUCAUGUUCGGGCACUGUUUAUACUGAUCUGUAUAUCGAACCUACCUCGCGGUGUAUUAAGUGUUCAGAAUGUAAAAUGUGGUUAACACCUCAACGAUUUGUUACUCACAUCCAUUCAUCUUCGGAAAAUCAUACCUGCCAUUGGGGUUUUGAUUCGUACAAUUGGAGAGCUUAUAUUCAUCUAGAUGAAGAAUCUAAAGAAUAUCAAUUAGCUGAUGUUGAACAACUUGAGGCGGAAUUAGAUUCAUUCAAAUCACGUUUUGAUCCAACUGUCAUUGGAUUAACAUCAUCAUGUAACAACUCACCUGCUGCCAAUAAAAGGAAACUUGAACAGUCCAACAAAAUUCAGACUGAAAAGAAAGAUGAUUACGAUAAACAGACAAACAACUUAAAUAGAGGCCAGUUACCGGAACCGCUUAAGAAGAUUAAAACCGAAGAAAUGCCAACAAUGAAACAAUCUCCCCUCGAUUUAUUAUCACCUCAUCCUUAUUCAUAUUUUCCCGUUUCCACCAACUGGACCCCCGAUCCGUCUGUGUUCAACUACUGGUAUCAUCAUCCUUACGUGACUCAACCACCAGUUUCAGGGCUGGCAUCACUACAACUACCUCAGCCAACCGUUUCUAUCUCCACUAAUCAACAAAAUCAUCCUCAACAACAACAAUCUAUACCAAGAGUUACUGUUGAACACAAAAGUCGAAGUAAUGAAGAUGACGAGCCUGAAAGUAACAAAGUUCAGGAAAAGCAUCUUUUCUCCAAUUUAGAUAAACUGUUGAGAAGAAACAAAAUUAACAGGGAUCUUAGAGUACAAAUUUUUAAAGAAAUAGAGAACAUACUUGAAGAAGUCCGUUCAACUGGUGAUGUUGAUAUCAAGCCAAGUUAAAAUAGAUGAAAACAAAAUUAACAAAUGAUUCCAUAAGUUAAAAAACACUCAUUAGAGGGCAUCGUAUUCCCAUCGCACAGUUGUCAUCGAUCCUUCAUCAUCAUCACCAUCAUCAUCGUCAUCAUCAUUAUAUUAUUAUUACAUACUGACCUGUGAACAUGUUUAUGAAUUUUCUGUUAAUGUUAACAAAAAUUUUUCUGUUAUCAUUGUAACAACCUGCAAAGAACUUUAGCUUUGCAUCUUUUUUCGUUUUCUUUUUUCGUCUGUUACCUUUUAUUCAUUUCGCCUCUUGCUUUUUCUCUCUUCACCAUUUCUUAUGGUUCUUUUUCUCUGUUUCUACUGAUCUCCUUGUAUCACAAUCUGUUUUUAAUUUAAUAAAAAGCAAUUCUUCCUUGUAUUAUAUU